ACAAAGAAGUGUGAGUGAGAACAUUUAUAGGCCACCCUUCUCCUCUUUUCUCUCACUCUUUGUGCCAGUCUGCUCUUUGUUGAGUGUUAGCUAUUUCUCUCUCUCUCUCUCUCUCUCUCUCUCUCUCUCUCUUUUCUUUAACUCUGAAAUAGAGGAAGCAGAGAAGUUACAAUGUCUACUACCCACUGCCCCUGAAAAACUUCUCUUUUUCUUCCUUUUUUCCCUUCUCUAAAUCACUUCAAUUUUCUUUUCUUUUCAAUAAAGAUUGGUUUUUUUCCUUACAUUUUGCUCUUUGUGUUUGUUUGGCAGAACCCCAUUUGAGGAAAACAGAAAAAGAAUGGAGAAAGAGGGUGUUUUGAGUUUUUUAGUGUUUGUGUAAAUUCACCAUUUCUGUGUUAAUUUUUAGUUGUCUUUGGUGUCUUUCCAGAUCUAUUAGCUAUAAAAAUCCCACCUUUUCUCAUUUAAAGAUUACCCCUUUUGUUUGGUUAGCUUGGAGAUAUGAGUAAAGAAGAGUUCUUGAAGAUCCAGACUUGUGUCCUUAAAGUCAAUAUACACUGUGAUGGGUGUAAGCAUAAAGUAAAGAAAAUCUUGCAAAAGAUUGAAGGGGUUUAUAAGACAAGCAUAGAUUCAGAACAAGGAAAAGUGACUGUUUCUGGAAAUGUAGACCCUGCUACACUGAUCAAGAAAUUAGCCAAGAGUGGGAAACAUGCAGAGGUAUGGGGUGCUCCCAAGGCUGGUAACAACCAACAAAAUCAGCUUAAUAAUGGUAAAGGUGGCAAUAACAAGGGCCAAGGCCAAGGGCAAGUUCAGAAAGGUGGGAACAAUCAGCCAAAAGGUGGUGGAGGAGGAGGAGCUCAAAUGCCAAAUCAGCAGCAGCAGCAACAACAGUUGAAGGCACUUCAAGAUCUGAAGAUGCCCCCACAAUUCAAGGACCUGAAACUUCCCCCAAUGGGCAAAGACAUGAAUCCAAAGGCUGUCAAGUUUACCAUGCCUGAGGAUGAUUUGACUGAUGAUGAGUUUGAUGAGGAUGAUUUGAGUGAUGAUGAGGAUGAUGAAUUUGAUGAGGAUGAGUUGGAUGAUGAAAUGGAUGAUAUCCCCUUGAAUAAGAUGAAAGGGAUGAUGGGGGGCGCGGGGGCUAAUCCUGGUGGUGCUCAGAUGAAGCUCCCCAUGAUGGGUGGUAAUGGAGGAGGAGCUCAGAUGAAGCCAAUGAUGGGUGGUAAUCCUGGUGCUCAGAUGAUGAAGCCAAUGAUGGGUGGAAAUGGAGGAGGAGGUCAGAUGCCUAAUAUGAUGAUGAUGAAUGGUCUUAUGAAGGGUGGAAAUGGCGGUAACAAUGGAGCCAAUGCUGGUGGUGGUAAUGGGAAAAAAGGUGGUGGUAAUGGUGGUGGAAAUGUCCCUGUUCCGAUUAACAUGGGCGGAAAUAACGGUGGUAAGAAAGGUGGUGGUAAUGGGGGAAAUCCAAAUCAAGGCGGAGGAUCUGCUCAAAAGGGUGGCGGCAAGAAUGGCGGAGGGCCGCCACCAAAUGGCGGUGGUGGCAGCGGCAAUGGUGGUGGCCAGAACAAGAAUGUUGGUGGCAGUGGUGGCGGCGGUGGAGGUGGUGCUGGCAAUCCUAACAUGAAUGGCAAUGGGGCCAAAAAAGGAGGUGGAGGAAAUGAUGGGAUGCAAGGCAUGCCAAACAAGAUGAUGGCUAUGAGUGGAGGUGGAAACAUGGGCCUGUUGGGAAACAUGCCUAAUCCAAUGGGGCAAAUGGGGCAACAAAUGGGUGGUCUUCCAGUGGGCCAUAUGGGUGGUCUACCAAUGGGUCAAAUGGGUAAUCCAGUGGGUCAGAUGAGCCAUGUUUCGGCAGUCCAAGGCCUACCAGCAGGAGCGUCAAUGGGUGGCGGCGGUGGUGGUAAUGGUGGUGGCUACUUCCAAGGUGCUGGUUCUGAAGUUAUGGCUGGCAAUCCUUACUUCCAGCAGCAACAAAUGGCAGCUAUGUUGCAGCAGCAGCAGCGUGCCAACGGGAACGAAAGGUUUCAACCAAUGAUGUAUGCUCGACCACCUCCAGCUGUGAAUUACAUGCCACCACCACCGCCUUACAACCCGUAUUACUACGGUCAUCCACCACCUCCAAGUGAUAACUACAGCACCUUCUUCAGUGAUGAAAACACCAACAGCUGCAGUGUGAUGUGAGGCCUCUUUAAGAUGGAUGGUGGCUGCUGCUGUGCAUUCAUCAUAGUCUAAUGACUUUCUUAGUCUUUAAUGCCAUAAUAUAUACAAAGGAGAUUAAUUUUCCCUUUGAACCUUACCUUAGCUUUAUUUUUCUUUCUUAAGUACCUUUUUUUUAAUGCUAAGAUUAGAUUAGGGGGUUUCAUGAUAGAGUUUAAUGGUAUAUGAAGUCUUUAGAAGAGAGAGAGGAGGGACAAUAUGGAAUGUUGUAAGUUGGGGAUUAUGGUUGUCUCAUGUUUGUAUAUGUUUUAUAUAUCUUUUAUCAAGAAGAGCAAAGGAAAUAAAAUUGGAAGAAAAUCUAAAUCUCUUUUA